AUGUCAUCGAUGGUUCCCACAUCUGUUCCCAACGUCGCUAAUCUGUCCGUCGCCCACGAUGUUCCCCGCCGACAACUAUUCGGUAGUCCAACCUCACAGCAACUCGCCGCCAGACACGUCGUGCCCAGAGAGCUUCCUGCUUUCGCCGGUGAUCCCGUCGAGUGGCCGUUGUUCCUGAGCUGCUAUCAAAAUACGACCGAUAUGUGUGGCUAUUCCGAUGGCGAAAACCUUAUGCGGUUGCAGCGGUGCCUCAAAGGAAACGCGUUGGAGGCUGUUCGAAGCCAUAUGAUGCAUCCUACAUCCGUGCCGCUGAUCAUCGACACGUUAAAAACUCUAUACGGACGCCCAGAACAGAUCAUCAACUCGCUACUAUCCAAGCUACGUGCAACGCCAACCCCCAAGCCUGAACACCUGGAGAGCCUGAUCGGUUUCGGUUUGGCGUGCAAAAACCUUUGUAGCCACCUCCAAGCAGCGGGUUUUCACGAUCACCUUUCGAAUCCCUUGUUGCUUCAGGAGUUGGUGAGUAAAUUGCCAGCCACCCUCAAGCUAAACUGGUCACUCUUCAAGCGCCAACAUGUGAACGCCGAUCUUACUACGUUUGGCAACUACAUGGACCAGAUUGUGACAGCCGCCAGUGAGGUGACGUUUCUCUGUGAAGCAGAUGGACAUGGCAAGCAAGAAAAACCGAAGACGAAGGAGAAGAUGUUUAUGCACACUUCUGAGGAGAAGGCAGUGGAAAGUGUAGCAGCCAAUCAUAAGGAGAACAAGCCGAAGCCGUGUGUAGCCUGCCAGAAGGACGGUCACAAAAUCAAGGAUUGCUACAGCUUCCGCAAGAUGACUCUCGAAGAUCGCUGGAAAUUGGUUCAGGAGCGGUUCCUCUGUCGUCGUUGUUUGGGUUCUCACGGCAGAUUCCCAUGCAAGGCAAGCAACUGUGGGGAGACUGGUUGUGAGGAUCGGCACCACAUGCUACUACAUCUUGGGAAUCCACAAUUAUCUAGAGCAACAGAAAACGCAGCAACUACAAGCACAGUUACCGUUCAUCGUCAGCCCAAGCAAACCGUCCUGUUCCGGAUUCUACCGGUGUCGCUACACGGGAAUGGCAAAACAAUCAGGACGUACGCCUUUCUCGACGACGGCUCAUCCAGAACUCUGGUGGAAGCGAAGGUAGCUGCAGAGCUCGGCGUGACCGGCAACGUACAUCUCCUCUGUUUGCAGUGGACCAGUGGAGUUGAGCGGGUGGAAGACGAAUCACAGCUGAUAAAGUUGCAGAUUUCGGGUACGACAAAUACCACAAGAUUCGACUUGAAGGAAGUGCAUACUGUGAAGAGUCUCAACCUUCCGGCCCAGUCAUUGGCCUUCAGUGAACUUACCAAGCAAUUUCCCCAUCUACAAGGACUACCUGUCCAAAGCUACGCGACCGCCGUUCCCACGAUCCUGAUCGGCUUGGAUAAUUCGUUUGUGAUGGCAACACGGAAAAGUAGAGAAGGAAUUAGAGGCAGUCCGAUCGCAGCCAAAACCAGGCUGGGCUGGACAGUCUAUGGAAGCACGUGCGGCGAAGUGGUCCAGUCCACCCAUCAGCUGUCUCACAUUUCCGUUCGUUCGCCCGAUCAAGAGCUCCACGACCUAGUGAAGGAGUUCUUUGCUUUGGAAAGUGCGGGUGCUGUAACUUCCACGAAAGAGAGCGACGAUGAUCGACGUGCCCGUCAAAUUCUGGAAGAGACUACUGUACGGACGGAAUCAGGGAGGUUCCAGACCGGCUUGCUGUGGAGGUGCGACCACGUGGAAUUCCCGAAUAGUCGGCCCAUGGCGGAAAAGCGGUUCCGCUGUCUCGAGCGCCGCCUAGCAUCAAGGCCCGAUCCAUACGACAACGUGAAGAUCCAGAUUACACAAUACCAAGCCAAGGGAUACGCACAUAAGGCUAGUCCGGAGGAAUUUGCCAGUUUCGACCCUAAGCGGACCUGGUUUCUGCCGUUGAACGUCGUUACAAACCCAAGGAAGCUGAACAAGGUUCGAUUAGUGUGGGACGCGGCCGCUAAAGUCCAAGGGCACUCGUUCAAUUCUGCUCUUCUUGCUGGUCCGGACUUGCUCGUACCGCUUCCGGCGGUUCUGUCUUCGUUUCGCCAGUUUGAGGUGGCCAUCAGCGCUGACAUCUGCGAGAUGUUCCACCAGAUCUUGAUUCGGCCUGAGGACCGAUCGGCACAGCUGUUCCUGUGGCGGGACGAUCCCUCCAAGCCCUUCGAGGUGUUCGUCAUGGACGUAGCAACGUUCGGCUCCACCUGCUCACCUUCUGCAGCUCAAUUCGUCAAAAAUCGGAAUGCCGAAGAGUUUUCCGAAGAGUUUCCGCGGGCAGCGGAGGCAAUCACGAAACGCCAUUAUGUAGACGAUUUUCUGUGCAGCGUGGACACCGAGCAGGAAGCAGUGGAGCUAGCAGAACAGGUCAAGUUAGUGCACUCCAAGGCCGGAUUCGUGAUUCGAAAUUGGCUGUCGAACUCUAGUUACGUUCUCAAACGGGUCGGGGAACAGCCAACAGAAAUGAUGGAAAAAGUUUGGAUUGACAGGUCGGACGCUUACGAACGCGUUCUCGGAAUGGUCUGGAAGCCUGAACCGGAUGUCUUUGUUUUCCAAGGUGUUUUCCGAGAAGAAAUCCAGGCUCUACUUUCUACUGUUCCAACCAAACGAGAAGUUCUGCGCACUGUGAUGAGCAUCUUCGACCCCAUCGGACUGGUAGCCAUCUUCGUCAUCCACGGAAAAGUGCUUGUGCAGCAUAUCUGGCGCUCUGGACUUGGUUGGGAUGAACGCAUUGGUGACACACUGCUUGAGCAGUGGAAGCGAUGGGUCAAGUUACUCCAGCAGCUGAAUCAAGUCGAAAUCCCACGUUGCUACUUCCCUGGCUACUCUUCCGAAGGCUACAGAACCGCCGAGCUGCACAUUUUCGUAGACGCUUCCGAGGAAGCCUUUGCAGCCGUAGCAUAUUUCCGAAUCGUCGAAGAAACAAGAGUUCGAUGCUCGUUGGUGUCAGCGAAAACGAAGGUUGCCCCCCUGAAACUGCUGUCGAUUCCCAGGCUAGAGUUGUCAGCCGCCGUUCUCGGUGCCCGACUUUCGAAAUCCGUAAUUGAGAACCACACACUUCAGUCAAUCAGUCGCAAAACGUUCUGGAGUGAUUCCUGCACCUUUCUCUCUUGGUUGCGGGCAGAUCCCAGGAAAUAUCGGCAAUUUGUCGCAUUCAGGUUGACAGAAAUCCACGAUCUCACGCAGGUCGAUGAAUGGCGCUGGGUGCCUUCGCGUAUGAAUGUCGCUGACGAGGCCACAAAGUGGGGCAAAGGUCCCGAUAUCACCUCCAGCAGUCGCUGGUUUCAAGCUCCAAAAUUUCUAUACGAGCAUCCGAAUUCGUGGCCACAGCAAACAACGAAAGAAGAGGAGUCUUCGGAAGAACUUCGUCCGAUUCAUCUUCACCUUGCAGUAGCCAGGGAAGAGCUGCUGCAGUACGAACGGUUUUCAAAAUGGGAGCGCCUGGUCCGUGCUGUAUCUUACGUACGCCGGUUCGUGGACAAUCUUCGUUGCAAGGCAAAAAAGCAAUCACCAAGCAACACGGAAUGGUUAAAUCGGGGCGAACUGCUGCGUGCGGAGACAACCGUCUUCAAACAAAUCCAGCACGAGGCUAAUGAAAAUCAAAUAGUAUGA